AAAAACUUCUUCCCUUCUUCCUCUUCAGUCCUCUACAAAAGCUUCCAUUCUUCAUCCCUCCUUCAUCAGACGCCUGAGUGAGCGACAAAGAGAGGAACCGAAAAACUUUAAUUCUACGCUUCAGAAACAUUCAAGACUCCUAAAAGGAUGGGAUCAUCAGCAAUACAGAUGGUGUGUGUAGGUGUGGGGAUUCUGGGCCUCAUCGCUGGCAUCGUCACCUGCGUCCUCCCCAGCUGGAAGGUUUCCUCCUUCACUGGACAGAACAUCAUCACAGCACAGGUUCAGCAGGAAGGCCUUUGGAUGGAGUGUGUGUACCAGAGCACGGGCCAGCAGCAGUGUAAAUCCUAUGAAUCACUGCUGAUCCUGGGCUCAGACAUCCAGGCGGCUCGUGCCAUGACCAUCGUGUGCUGCAUGCUGACGUCGAUCGCCCUGCUGAUGCUGUUUGCCGGCGCCGAGUUCACCACAUGUGUCGAAAACGAAGACAUCAAGCCGAAGAUCUGCCUGGUGGCAGGUGUGUGCAUGCUCAUAUCCGGCCUGCUGCUCAUCAUCCCCGUCAGCUGGACGGCCAACAACGUGGUAAGCAACUUCAACAACCCGCUGGUGAACCCAUCGAACCGCAGAGAGCUCGGCCCAUGCAUCUUCAUCGGGUGGGCCGGAGGAGUGCUCCUCCUGCUGGCCGGAGGACUGCUGUGCUGCUUCAGCCGUCCACGAUCCGGAGGCUCCGGAGGCACCGCUAAGUACUACAGCAACAGCGCAUCUGCUCCGGCUAAAAACUACGUCUAGACAAACAAGAAACAUUUCAUUUAAGAGUGUCAGGAUGUGUCGGUCUAAACCACUAUCAUCGAUAAAAAAAUUACAUUAAAAAGAGGCGGAGCAAUCAGAAUCCAAAAUGUAAACUAUGAAAUCUAAUAAAAGAAACAGGAACAAAUGUAUUUAUCAGUAUAACACUGUAAGAUAAUCUGAUAUAGUACGAUUGUUAAUAUUAUGCUACAUACUUACAGAUAAUUGUGUCAUAAAUAUACAUUUAAACGUUAUUUUAUACCAUCAUACCCCAAAAAACUGUAUUGUUAAACAUCCUCUAGUCUCAUUUGAAUAAUUUAAAUAUGGGCGGGGCUUCUUUAUCAAUGGAAUGUGGUGUGUGUUAAUAAGAUAAAUAAACCUCAAACCUCAGAGUUUGUAAAUAUUACUCAGGAUGAUGAAAAAAUCACCAAAUGUCUUUAUAUUCAUUUACAUGUUUAUGGUUUUUUUUUCAUGAGGGACAAAGUAAUAAAAAUUAUAUUUCAGUAUUUUUUUUUUUUUUAAAUAAUUUCAGAAAAGCUACAGCAGCACGAUUCUAUGUAUUACGCUUCAUUAGAGCCUUUAUGUCAGAGAUUAUUAAGAAAGUCUCACACACUGUUAGAGCAGCUAAAGAUGAAGACGUUUGGGUUUAGUCAGGGGUUUGGUGUAGGAGAGCUUGUUAGUGCCGUGUGGGAUUAGACGGGCGUGUCACGUUGGUUAGUGAACAUAAAAUGGUAAAACUGUAACAUCAUGGCUUUGCUUUUUAUAUUUUAAUAAAACUAACAUUCCUAAA